AUCAAUUCCAUCAUAUACAGCAGAGACGACCUCACAAACAAUCAAUUGAUUGUGGUCAGCAGUCAUAACUGCUGAUCAGCGGAGCCAUCUUGCCUUAGAAUACAACCUGUGCCGCGCCAAGAUCCAGCGCCUUGAUGGGCUGUCGCAGGACAAGCAGACGCCCCGUGCUCCAGCCUCGAUCAACGCCGCGGCUACCGCCUAUCACCAGAAGAAGCGCAAGCGCGUGAAUGCACCAUUACUGACCACCACCACCACCACAACAACAACAACAACGACGACACUCCCAGUCACCAUGGCAAUCGAUGACACCUCCCCUCCCGCCGCCGAGGCUGCACAUCCGCACCUCGCACGCCGUGCGUUCGUGACCAUCGGCGCCACGGCCGGCUUCCGCGCGCUGCUGGAGCAAGUUCUCCGGCCCGAGUUCCUGCGCUGGAUGCGAGGGUACGGCUUCGCGCGCAUGACGGUGCAGUGCGGCUCCGACCUGGAGUGGUUCCGCUCGAGCCUGGCCGCCCUCGCCGAUACCUACGGCGUCGAGGUCGACUGUUUUCAGUACACUACCAGCAUGCGCGAUUACAUACUACCGUGCCGGCCGGUCGAGGGCGUUUGCAACGCCGGGAUCGUGAUAUGUCAUGCUGGCGCCGGAACAGUAGUAGACGUCUCGCGCUGUGGCGUACCUUUUGUCGUCGUCCCCAACGAAGGCCUUAUGGACAACCACCAGGCCGAGCUCGCCACGCACCUCGACCAGGAGAGGUGGGCCGUGGCCGCGAAGCCCGAAGCUCUACCGCAAGCUAUCCGGAGAGCACACGAGCAGGCGUACGCCGGCGGCCUUGCGCCACAGCCGGCAGGGUCAAGUAGCGUCAGCGAGGACGCCGGGUUCCCCGCGCCGGAGCACGAGCGCAUCAAGCUGCUGGACUGGAUGACGCUCUCGUGCUAUGAUGACGAGGCAUCCUUGUGUAGGCCGGGUCAGUCCUCGGUGUCAGACAUGUCAUCUGAGAACAAGAGCAGUUCGGCGAGGCAUCCUCAUGCGAGACCUGUGUCUUGACAUAUAUCCUGUCGACUCGGGGGCUUCCAAACUCACGACUUUUUAUUCAGAUGUCCCACUAACAGUACGUUGUUACACUUGAAACAAGAUGCGUGACGAAAUAGGUUGUUUAAUUGGCUUGCAAUGCGUUGUUUGGCGUUAGUUGAUGUAAUUACAAGGAAUUCUAGAUACCCUUCUGCAUACAGUUAGUUGCCUUGA